GGGGGGGGGUUUUCAGCAAAAAAAAGGGGGGGGCAAGCGAGGUGGGGAGGCAGGAAAGAUGCCCCCGCCCUCUCUCGACCAAAGGGCCAAUCGAGAGGCACCAGGCGGGCGGGGAAAGGGUUAAGCCGGUGCUGCUCGGACUGCUCAUUCCGGCGAAGGGUGCGAAGGGAAGCGCCAGUCCGGCUGCAGAGGAGGGGGCCGCCAGUGGGGUCUUCGCUCGCUCCCCCCCGCCCCGGCUUCUCCUCCGGCAUCUCGCGGCUCUUUGCAGGCAGACCAGAGAAUCCACCACUCCGCGGCUCCUGACGGCAGAUUAGAGAAUCCACCCGGCGCAGGCGACGCUCCCCUGGGCUGCAGGAGACUGUAGGAGGGGGGGGAGCGCCGCUGCCAUUCAUCCGGACCGCACUUUUCUCCUUCUUCGCCCCCUUCCUUGAGCUCUCCCCCCCCCCCCGGCAAGGAAAUGGCCACGAAAAUCGACAAAGAGGCGUGCAGGGAAGCCUAUAACCUCGUCAGGGACGACAGCACAGACGUGAACUGGGUGUCGUUCAAGUACGACGGGGUCACAAUAGUUCCUGGUCACAGUGGAGUUGACUAUGAGGAGUUUACACGAGAAUGCACAGACGAUAUCCGAUUGUUUGGCUUUGUCCGAUUUACCACUGGCGAUGCUAUGAGCAAGCGGGUCAAAUUUGCUCUGAUCACAUGGAUCGGGGAGAGCGUCAGCGGCCUGCAGAGAGCCAAGACAGGAACAGACAAGACUUUGGUUAAAGAAGUAGUACAGAAUUUUGCCAAAGAGUUUGUGAUCAGCGACCACAAGGAACUGGAUGAAGACUAUAUCAAGAGCGAGCUGAAGAAAGCCGGGGGUGCGAAUUACGAUGCCCAGACGGAGUGAACGCACAGUGGUUUCCUGGUCCCCCGGGCCCAGAUCAGGAAGGGAGGGGGGAGAAAAGCACAACAGGUCUUCAAAAAUCGAAACUGAGCGAGAAGGCAAGGCAAGUGAGAGGCCGGCUCUGCAGUCUGCGAAGCUUCUUCCAAGCCCCUUCCUGUGUCUCCAAAUGGACCUUGACUUCUCAUUCCAUCCAGUGAAUCAUCUCUGCCUUUGAUCCCUCCUUUUCACAUUGUUUAAACGAAUCUGUCUCUUCUAACAAAUGUUACACAGCUCUUUAGACACCAGCUGCCCUGUUUUCUCCCAAGUUCUGUUCUCACAGUUUGUUCUGAAUUCGCCAUAUCCAUUCUUGCUUAGGGGAGGUUUGUGCAUGACCCUCCCGUGGUAGAAGAACUCCCAGAAAUGAGCACCGAGUGAGUUAGCGGCAGCCUAAUCUUGCUGGGUUUUGUGGGGGGCUUGUUCCCAAAUAGAUGUGCACAGGAUUGCAGCCGUACACCCUGGCUCUGAGCCCAGUUCCUCAAACUCAAUCCCCUGCUGAAUUCAAUGAGGCCUCUUCUCGAGAAAGUUUGCAGAGGUUCAUGGCAGCACAGUCCUGGCUACACCAGCAGCUGCUAAUGCCAGUGGAUCUCUGGGCUUACACCAGCCUAAACCUGCUGCUCUGGUAUAAUUUAGAGACACACUUACACACUUGUGUAAGGGACUUACAGAGCACUCCUCUGCAGAGUUAAUCCAGUUUAAACUCCCAGAAAUUAAUGGAUUUAGCCUGGAAUAAUAAUCCACAUGAUGGAACUGUUGGUCAAUAUCCUAUGGCCGUGGUGGCGAACCUUUGGCACUCCAGAUGUUAUGGACUACAAUUCCCAUCAGCCCCUGCCACCAUGGCAGGGGCUGAUGGGAAUUGUAGUCCAUAACAUCUGGAGUGCCAAAGGUUCGCCACCACAGUCCUAUGGCUUUCUGCCUGGGGUAACUCCAGUAUAGGAUUUUGGUGUUAGUUUGGCAGAUGUUUCGGGGGGAUUUUGAUGCUCUUUUUUUGUUGUUGAGAAUGUGCAUUAUUUUGUUCCGCAACUCAAGGCGAUCCUCUCAAACUGGACCCCAAACUGUGGUCUGUAGCAGGAAUUCUAUGGAUUACUUGAGUGGAAGUAGCCUGUAUUUCAGUUCUUAACGAAACAGGAAGGAAUAUAAUUUGCCUUAACAGAAUUGCUUGGCUGUGUGCUCUGUAUCCUCCUCUUCUAAAGAAAGGGUCUUUUUUUAAAAAAAUCUCUUUUUGUAAGUAGCUAUAACAACAGUAAACAAGGGGUGGGAAGCAAA